ACAGCAGACAGAUCGAUUCACGAAUGACGUUUCGAAUUCAACCCUUGUAAAUUCCAUGCGUGAUUACUAAAUCACAAAUAGUUUUAUAAUUACUUAAUAUAGUGUACAAAAAAAUCGAAAAUGUCGUUACUUAGUGAUAUAUUACCGAUAAACAAGAAUGAAGACAAAAACAAACAAGCUAGCGCAAGUCUCUCCCCAUAUUUAAACUUUGACCCUAACUAUAUACCAAAAAUGCAACCAGAAUUCCUUUAUCCUGAUGAGAGUCAUAUGGCUUCGACUGCGAGACGUUCAAAUGUAGCUCUUCCUAUUAUCGGCAUGUCCUUCAUGACAGGAUCAGGUAUGGGAGGAAUGGCAGGUCUCUACAAAGGAUUACGAGCGACUACACUCGCUGGACAGACUGGCAAAGUCCGCCGAACACAAUUAAUUAAUUAUAUAAUGAAACAGGGUACUACGACUGGGUGUACCCUUGGUAUUCUCGCGUCCUUCUACUCAACCCUGGCCCUAGGAGUAACCUGGUUACGAGACCAGGAGGACACAGCCAACACAUUUAUAGCGGCAACCGCUACCGGCAUGUUGUACAAGAGUACCUCUGGACUCCGUUCUAUGGGCCUGGGCGCUGUUGCUGGCCUCACCUUAGCAGGGAUAUACACAUUGGUCACCGAUAAUGAUAAUAUUUGGAGUAAGGCGAGAUAUAUAAGAAUGUGAAGUCAGAUUUUACCUAAUUGUAAAUAUUAGUUAUUUUAAUUCGUUACGAAAUUUCCACCGAUGGAUCUACCGAGCGCUUGGGGCUUAUUUCCCAUGUCCCAACACUAGUUAAAGGUGUGUAUCGCAUUGGUUCCUGGCGCAAACCCAUGCCCCUCGUUGAAGUCAGGCGUAGCACAAACAUCUAACAAUAAAUAAAACUAUUUGUUCUCAAA